AUGGCUGAUUUGGGAUGUUUACGGAGCAUGCAUGCUAGAGUGAAAAAUUCUAGUAAAGCUUUUGUUAUUAAACAAUUUGAUGAUGUUCAUACGUGUGGAUCUUCUUUUCGUACAAUUAAACAUACUAGGAUGACUUUGAGUAUGAUUGGUGGGCAAAUUUUAAGUGAGGUUCGUAAUAAGGCUUUGACAUCGGUUAGUGAGGUGGUUUGUGAUUUCAAGGACUAUUACGGAAUAGAAGUUUCUUAUCAGCGAGCUUGGAUGGGUGUUGAAAAAACAAGGGAUGUUGUUUUUGGUGACUAUUCAUCUUCAUUUGAUGAUCUUCAUUGGUAUGUUGAUACCGCUAAUGAUUGUAAUCCGGGGAGUGUUUUUGAUAUGGAAUUUGAUAUUUAUAUUAAAGAAAGACAUUUUAAAUGCUUGUUUUUUGGCUUUGAGGCAUAUAUUCAUGGUUUUAAGUAUUGUCGACCUGUGUUGAUGCUUGAUGAAACUUUCUUGAAAGGAAGACACAAAGGUUGUUUAUUGGCUGCUACGGAAAAAGACAGUAACCAAGGUUUAUAUCCAUUAUGUUUUGCCAUUGUUGAUAGUGAACGUUAUGACAAUUAG